UCAGCGACUUAUAGUGGGACAGCGGCAGGCACUCUGGGGGGAACUGUCACUUGCAUCUCCAGUAACACCAAUACAGUGAUCAGUGCUAAUAAAAAGCACUGACACUGUACUAAUGACACUGGGCAGGAAGGGGAUAACAUCUGGCGUGAUCAAUGGGUUAACUCUGUGCUGUGUGUGGGUUAACAGUGUGCUGUGUUUUACUAGGGAGGCAUGCUCUGCAGAGAGAUACAAAACAGCAUGUCCAUGCUGGCAGGAGAGACCUGUGUUGUUUACACACAGGUCUCUCCCAUCAGCUUUACCGACAAUCGCUGUGUGCCAACUAGGAAUCAUCAGCCGGGACCCCAUGAUUGACAUCCCUAGCUGCCAAUAGCGGUGUG